AUGGCUUCCCCUUCCCCUACCCCGGAAACCAGUGGAAACUACAAAUACGGCCUCAUCACCACUGGGGAAAAUACCAUCGAACAACUAAACCGAGCCCGCGUUCGCUCCAUCCUCAACAAGCCACCGCCGCUCAACGAUAUCCGCAAAACGUGCGACCAUAAGGCUAGAAUCGUCUGCAUUGAAGAAAGCAGCGAGACAAACAUCAUGGCUGCCGAUAAGACACUUGGCACCGGCCCUUCAGUUGCCUGUGAUAAUGGCUGCGAUACAGUGAUAUGCACGGGGCUUAGGCAGCUUAAGCUAGUGAAUAAACUGAAUGGUAACAAGAGGGCUGAAACGAAGCACUUGUGUAAUUGCCGUGGCUUGAGGUCUCUGAUAUUAGUGGACCGAUUUAAGGAGGCCAAUAGUGGAUGCGGAGCAAGUAAAGAGGGGUGUAGGAAAUUUUAG